AUGAGGGUAACCACCAACCUAAAACUCAAAAAGGAUGGGGGAAAGGACCAUGAAAGGAGGGCAAAGAUUCUUACCAUCAUCGGGCCCCGCCCAUGCAGCAAUCGCCAGAGCCAGCACGUAGGCGCGAAGGUAACAAGGGUACUCGAGUUCUCGGUUGUUGAUCUUCCGACUGAACACAAUGUUCUACUAGGCCGGCCAACACUUUUUCAGUUACAAGCGAUUCCGUCUACUCUCCAUGGUAUUCUCAAAUUUUACACGAGUGACGGAUCGGAAAUGGUAGUAGCAACCAAGCCAGAUAAUAGAAACAUUACCCAACGAGAAACAGAGCAAGAAACUCAAUUGUGUUGA